UUCUUGGAUUUAUUGCAACUGUUGCUUUUUUGCUGCUCUGUUGUGCUUAUUUUGUACUCUCCAUCAUCAAGGGGUUCGUGGGUUCAUUUUUCUUUUCACGUUGGGUGGUUUGAGUUUUGCUAAUCUAUGUGAUUUAUGCCAUUUCGCUUGAUGGAAUCUUCAGUUUUCAAAUGUUUUACAGUUCAGUGGAAUGUGCUGUAAUAAAUUGUUCAAAUCCUCUCUCUCUCUCUCUCGCUCUCUCUCUCUCUCUCUCUCUCGGGUGUUCUCAACACCAUCAUUUGGAUGCCAUGGGAUAAAAUUUGGGUUGUUUCUCUUAUUAGAGAUUGUUUUAGAAUCAAUAUAUGAAGGAGCUUAAAUUACAUAAUUGUUUUAAUCCUGUUGUAUUUGUACCUCUGGAUCCAGAACUAUGCUUGAUUUAGGAAAUUCACAUUCACCAGGUUUUCUAUUGGUUUCCAUGAUUACAAAAACUAGCUUAGAAAAUUCACAUUCACCAAGUUUUCUUGGUUUAUGUGAUCAUGAAAACCAGCUCUUGCUUUAUAAUUUAGAAUAGUUCAAGCCCCAAAUAGGAGAGUAUGCUUGUUGUUGAAGAAGACAUUACACUAGGCUCUCUUAAGUUCUAAGAUGCUGAAUCCACCAAAGGUCGUCUUGGGGUUUAUGAACCACAUUAUGGCCAUCAACUUAGGAUAACUUGUGCAUACUAUUAAGGAGGUUGACACAAGUUUCAGUUCCUUAACUUCUUGUUGUUGAAGUGUAUCAGUUUUUUGUGUUAGAAUAAGCUUCAUUUCUUUUUGAUGUUUUCGUUGCUGAUUGUAAUCUUUUGUCGAUAAUAGCCUGGGAUAGGGCAUUCAUUUUCAUGCUUUGUGCUAUGGGUAUCAACUUUAAGUACAUGUUUGUUUUGUGGAAAGGGGGCUACCAAAGACUCCUUUUCCACGCACUUGUUGAAAAUACAUAAGAUUCAUAGGGUCUUGAUCACAGUAUUAUUGAGUGACUUUCAUUCACACGACAUUUUUUAUCGUUAUCUAGAAUCAAAUGAUAUGUAGCAUAGUUUUUCUGGCCAAAUUAACAAGGCUUGAUCUUUCUUGGGUUGCUUUUAAUAGAGAAGUUUUCAUAGGAGAUCCCCAUAAAAAUCUAAAUAAAAUUCACAGAAAUAUGAAAUUACAGAAACCAGUGUGGUAUGCAAGAAAUCUGGAUGUUGUUGCAUUAUAUGUUAUUGAUCCAGGGAAUGAUAAUUAAUAACAGAAUGUUAUGCUUUGGAAAUAUUUGAUCCAUAAUAUAUGUGUGUCGUUCAGUUCAGCCUAUAGAUGUCAGAGCAACCCCCUACCUCUCAAAAUCCAACCAAUGCAAAUUGGACUACAACUCAGUGAAGAAUUCAUGGUUAAAACAAAUGAUAAAAUUCCAUUUUGCUGGGAUAAGAAGAAAAGAUAUCCUCUUGAAAGUGGCAUCAACAUAUCCUUAUGAAACACAAGUUAAGAUAGAAACACAAGUUAAGAUAAAUGUUGCUGCUUGCACUUUACAUAAUUAUAUACGAAUUAUAACAGGUGUUGAUGAUUGGCUCUAUGAAGAGUAUGAUAGGGAAAUUGCACGUGGAUCAAUUAAAGGAACAAAUAUUGAAUAUUACGAUGUAAACCCUCCAGCUGAUAAAAAUGAUGGCGACGAACUGCAGGAUCGUAUUGCUAAAGCACUUUGGGAUGACUAUUGUGCUCACCGUUGAUCAUAAUAUGGCACAUAUAAUUAGCUGUAAUCAUGUUUUCUAGUAUUCUUUUUUGUGGCAAAAUUUCCAGUACUUUGAAUUAUAAUAUUAAUUACUUGGGGUAUCGUUCAUGGGUUAUGAAAAUGGUGUGAAACUCUCUUAUUUAAAAAUAUAGGUUAUGAAAAUGGUAUGAAGGUAGGCUCUAAUUUGAUUACUUAGAGCCUAGGCUCUAUACAAACCGCACCCAAAAAUAAUAGUAAUUGAUGCGAUAGUUGUUGGAUCAUGAAAUUUUUAAUGCCCCUAACAUUUUUUUUAUCCAAAAGUUAUGAUUAUGAAAUUGGACGCAUAUACCUACAUAAAUGGACGGAGAGAUGAAUUGAAGUUGUUUUGUUGGUGGGUUAGAGUUUGUGGGUUAGAGUGAGUUGGAAUUGAAGCUAUUUUUUAAUUAUUUGAGUGGGAUAGAGCCAGAUGGAAUGGAAGUUAGCUUUUUUUGUUGAUGUUAGAUUCUAAGUAUUAUAUUCUUUUUCUAAUUUGCAGAUGAAUGCGGUGGAUGCGGAUGCGGAUGAUAUACUUGAUCAUUCUAAAGUACAUGGUUUUCGAGAAGUCACCGGAUUAAUGGCUUCUAUCUCAGCCCCAAAGAAUAUUGUUGCUGGUGAGGCUUUGGCUAUUCUAAUGAAUUGGCCAAAGUUCUAUACAGUCAAACGUCCACUGAAAAUAUCUUGGGGCAGCAUGCUUCUUGUAACCAGAGAAGAUCUGAACAGUUUCGCUGACGAUGGCUAUAAGUGGACAAAAAGCAGCAAGAGACGGGAGGAAUGGUUUGGGACUAUAUCCCAAACAAUGGUGAAAAAUGAGAAAGUUUUGGUAUACACGAACCAACAGAAGGAUAAUCCAAACCAUAUCAGAACCAUUUUUAUGCUUUCAAGGGACUCUGCCUAUGCCCUUGUUUGUUAUAACAGAAAGGAUAAGCCCUUCCUAAACAUCCCUCCACAGAGACGACCGGCGGUGCAUAAGACAAAGAAAGAUGAGAACGAGUAGGUGAAUUCUGUGAAAUGCAGACUGAUGUCCUCUUUUUUGACUUCUACAUUACGCACUUUUUUGUCUUUCUACAUUUUCAUUCCUCCUUUAUUACA